AUGCCAGUCUUUCAAUCGAAGCCUUUUCGAAGCAGUCAACAUCGAACAUCAGACCUGUCCGAGAAAAUUGCCGCAAACUACCGUAACAAGAUUGCGAAGAAUCCCUUUCUGUUCUUCGGCCUGCCCUUUCUUACGCUGAUGGUAUCGGCGUCAUUCCUCCUCACUCCUGCCACGGCCCUACGGUACGAGAAACAUGAUCGCAAGCACAAGCAAUUGAAUGACCAAGAGGCCAUGGAGCUGGGACUCAAAGGCGGAGCUGCAGGUGAAGGAGGUCUGACAUAUAAUCCUCGGCGGAGAAAAGUUCUGAAGGGAGAAUUGAAUGAACGAGACGAGUACUACAGGCUGAUGGCCAAAGAUCUGGACAACUGGGAGCAGAAGCGUGUGGAACGACUGCAAGGUGAACCCGACGGCAGAUUCUGA